AUGGCUGAAGGAGUUUUAUUCGAACAUGCAGGCAGAGUCCUUGGAGUGCUGACUUCUUUAACUCUCCAAGAGAUUCAGUUGUCCUUGGGUGCCAAAGCUGAGCUUGAAAAUCUAACGAAUACGGUUUCCACCAUCCAAGCUGUGAUUCUAGAUGCAGAAAAGCGGAGUUCUCAUAACCAUGAGAUCAAAGACUGGCUUAGAAAGCUCAAAGAUGUCAUUCAUGAUGCAGAUGACUUGUUAGAUGACUUCUCCACUGAAGUUUUGCGGCACAAAGUGAUGGUUGGAGAUGUGAUGACAAAGGAGAUAUGUAUUUUCUACUCAAAUUCAAACCAGCUUGUUUUUAGUCCUAAGAUGGGUCAUAAAAUCAAGGCCAUUAGGGAGAAAUUAAAUGGCAUUGCAGAUGAGAGGACCAAGUUCCACUUUAUGGAAAGCCCCAUUGAGCCUCAAAUGAUUAAUAGGGAAAGAGAAACUUAUUCUUUUGUGCCAGAAGAAGAAGUUGUUGGGAGAGAAGAUGACAAAAAUGCAAUUGUAGAAUGUCUUUUGGAUAAUAAUGUUGUAGAAAAUGUUUCAAUUAUUUCGAUAGUUGGAAUGGUUGGGUUAGGUAAGACCACACUAGCUCAACUCAUAUACAAUGAUAAGAUUGUUAAUAAAACUUAUGAGUUGAAACUUUGGAUUUGUGUCUCUAGUAACUUUGAUGUAAAACAAAUUGUUAAAGCAAUUUUAGAACAUUUGAUUGAUGAGAAGCUUAAAGAAAGCCUUGAAAUCUUGCAAACACAACUUCGAGAAAAACUUAAUGGAAAAAAAUAUUUGCUUGUCUUGGAUGAUGUGUGGAACGAGGAUAAUAAUAAAUGGUUUCUCUUGAAAAAUUUGUUAAUGGUUGGUGCAAGGGGAAGAAAAGAUGAACAUGGAAAUGUUAUAUGGUGCAAAAUGCAUAAUCUCAUGCAUGAUCUUGCAACUUUGGUGUCUGGGAUGGAAAGUGUUGCAUUAAAUUCAAAUGGGGAAAACAUUGGUGAAAAAGUUCCUCAUCUAUCAUUUAAUCUUAUGGAUCCAAUCACCAUGCUUAAUGGAAGGAAGAUGCAAACAGUUCUUGCAUCUAGUGUAGGGGGAAAUUUGGGUAAUUUAACUUGUGAUGCACUUGUUUCAAAUCUUAAGUAUUUGCGCACAUUGGAUUUAAGCAAUUUAUGA